AAAAAUUUGGCUCAUGCCUGGUAUGAACGUGUUCAUAUACGGCGGGGCGGGGGCUCUCGGGCAGGCUGCGAUAUCCAUUGCCCUAGCUCACGGGUGCCAGGUCUUCACCACUGUCAAUGACGUCAGGAAGAAACGCUUCUUGAAGAAGCUGUUCCCUCAGUUGAAAGAUCUACAUAUUGGGAACUCACGUGACGACGCCUUCCAAUCUGUGGUCAAGAAUGCCACGAAGGGUGAGGGUUGCGACAUAUUCCUCAGUUGUGCUAAAGGGAACUUGAAAAAGAGAUACUUCUCCUGCAUUGCCCUCAAUGGAAACAUCAUAGACACCGCACAACUGGUUUCAAGAGAGAACAUAGAGUUCGAAUACCGAUUCUUGGCUCGGCAAGUCUCUUACCACGCUGUUGACUUCUCCUCCAUAUUUGAUGAGGGAAAAACAUUGGAAAUUAAAAAAUUGCAAAUAAUGCUAAGCGAGGGCAUCAUCCGAGGAUACGUGCGUCCUCUCUCACGAGUGACUUAUGAGCCUUAUGAGACUCCGCGCGCCUUCCGAUUGUUGACCGCCAGCCGCCACCGAGGCAGAGUGCUGCUUAGUUUGAAGGAGAAGACGCUCGUGGUUGAGCCUAGGAUAUCCUGCCAUCCUUCUAGCAGCUACGUCGUGGUCUACAACGAUGAGAUGCUAGGUCUGCGAGUAGCCGAACUCUUGGUCGAACGUGGGGCCACCAACUUGUUCAUUCAUGGAGAACAGACUUCGUACUUGCACUAUAAAAUAGAAACUUGGAAGAAACGUGGAGUUCGUGUGAAGGUUUCUUCAGCCAAUUUGGUGAUUAAAGAAGAAGCGAUGGAUUUUCUCAAAUACUCCAACAGUGUCGGUGGCAUAGACGGCAUCUACGUCGUUUUUUCAAACCUGGGGAAUAAUCAGAAAGCCGUGGCCUCCAUUUUGUCCAACUUGGACUCGGUUUCAAGACAACUUUGCCCUAAUCUUAGACACUUUGCCUUGAUAAGUGAGAAUGAUAAGUCGUGGCGAGAAAUCUUAAGUAAAAGAGCUCAUGACGGUUAUCCAGCCUUGUCAUUGCAAAUGCAUCUUAAAAAGUAUAUUGAUUCCGAAGAAAUAAACAGUCAAACACCCUCAAGCGACUCAAGCCUCGCCCUUCACAGCGCUAUAAGAGCUAUAGAGAAGGCGCUCUACAGCAAAGACACCAUCGUCCAAGCAUUCGCGCAGAAGAUAGUUCCGCGUAACAUACUGGAAGAAGUGGCGAAGAUACCUGGUGUGAACAUAACCAACGCGACGGUGGACAGAACGAGCCUAGAACAGGUGGGGGUAGACCAGGGCCGAGCACAGGAGCUCUGCUACCUUCUGGAAGACAAGUUCCAGAUUACGAUAUCACCAGCUGAUGUACCGCAAAUGACCAUUGGACAAUUAAAGCAGUUAAAGGUGGAAACCGAAGAUCUAGAAAAAGAAGUGCCUGGUUUCGGGGCGUAUUUGAACGUGUUCGAUGAAAAAGCAUUAGAAGCCACUGCCAACAUUAUCGUGUUGCCGACACUCGUGCAACGAGACGAAUGUAAACUCGAAGAUUUCCACGCAAACUUCGAGUAUCUAUGCAUAGUGCCAGGCUUAGACGGGCAUCACGGCCGGUUCAGGUCUCUGUGCGAGCGGCUGAAGAUUUCGGCGGCUGUCCUGCAACCAGGAAACCAGUACCCGCAAGAGACUGUGACAGAAACUGCUCAGAGGAUGGCUAAGGUUAUUAUGCAGUACAUGAAACCGAAGAAAGGGUACAAUAUUCUGGGGUACGAAUACGGCGUGCUGGUAGCCUUAGAAAUUGCGGCUAUACUUGAAAAUUAUGGCUACACUGGAACUCUGUACAUGGUUGGUGGAACUCCCGAAGACAUCCGGACGUCUUUCAACGAACAGUGGAAAGAUUAUGAUGAUAAUGCAAUGCAGAACGAACUUCUCCGGCAUAUGCACACUUUGAUCACCCAAACCACCUCCCCUGACCUGGAAGGCAUUCUCCAGAAAGCGAAAACCUGGUCUGAAAAGUUCGAUUCUCUGAUCGCAGACCUGAAAAACAAAGUGCCACACUCCAUCCAGUAUAUGAGAAGCACCAUAGAAGUGAUAUACUCCAGGAUCAAGCAGUUGCAAAACUACAGCAUCCAACCUCAAAAAUUAAAAUCUAAAGUGGUGCUCCUUCAAGCAAAACCUUACAGAUCGUCUUUAGAAUCCCUCAAACCAUAUUCUCAUCAGGAACCGUCCUUGAUCAAGCUUCGAGCGAAGCUUCAUUUGGCUCACAAAGAUUUGAGCUGUUCCAAUAUCAUCAACAGGUAUCUGCACCCUGAAAUCUUGGAGGAAUAUGAGAAAAGCAAUCACUGUGUGAAGCUGUAUGUGACCGUGGAGGAGAAAUUGAAGAUGAUUGGUGUAAAAAUAACUAGAAAUGAGUCUUAA